CUGUUACCCAGGCUGGAGUGCAGUGGAGUGAUUAUAGCUUACUGCAGCCUUGACCUUCUGGGCUCAAGAGAUCCUCCCACCAUCACGAGGUCAGGAGAUCGAGACCAUCUUGGCUAAGAAGAGACUGUGUCUCACUGUGUUGCCCAGGCUGGCUUCACUCAAGCGAUCCUCUCGCCGCAGUCCCUGGAGUAGCUAGGAUUACAGGCACCCGCCACCACUCUCGGCCCCAUUUCUCUUAUUAAAAAAAAAAAAAAUUGCCGUGAAAUACACAUAUCGAAAUGUACCAUCUUCACCAUUUUUAAGGGUAAGAUUAGGUGGUGUUAGGUAUGUUCACUUGUCGUGCAACCAGAUUGCUGUUUUAAAUAACAGCACUUAGAGAUGCCGACUUCGUGCCAGGCCCAGUUUGGGACAUUAGGGACUCCCAGAUGAAUCAGCCGCUCCAGUGGAACUCCCUGCUGGUGGGGGAGGCACUGGCGAAGCGGUGCUGAGCGGAGUCCUGACGGCGCUGGAGCUGAGGGGCAGUGCGGGAUGCCCCAGGAAGGCUCCUAGGAAGAGGGGACCCAGGGUGACUCCCCAAAGAAGCGCGGUUCCCAGGUAGAGGAGCGCAUGUGAGCCAAGAUCCCUAGGCCUGAGCCGUCUAGGUGUGUCCCAGGAACUGCAGGAAACGGUUGGGUGAGUCAGUGGUGGGCAGCGGGGGUGAUAAGCCCCUUCGUGUCUUCGGGAUGGUAAGUUUGGGGCACAGGUGAGUGAAGACCGAAGGCCAGGGGUGGACUGACACUCCGUGGCAGGCGCAGGGCCGGGCAGGGGGGCGACUUGGGGGUGGCAAGGUUUGGGUGAGAAAUGGCAGCCCAUGGGGAACUACCGCAGGGCUCUGGGGCCUUCAGAGCCAAGCCCCGACGCCCCUUCCCACCUGCGGGGCAGAACUGGGGAUGGCAGGGGGGAGGGUGGUUCCCAAAGGAGAUGCCAUCCCUGGUAAGGGGACAUGGGCCCCUGGGAGUUGGGUUGGGCCACAAGGAGAGAGGCCUGAAUGGCCAAAGGGAGGGGGCGUGGGGGAAGCCGCAGCAUCAGACCUCUGCCUCCUCCCUCAGAUCGUGAGGCUCCCCAGCCUGGCUCGGGAGACCCCGAGAUCCCCGGCCGGUGACAGCAGGCGACCCCCUGCUCCUGUCAACCUCUGGGUCCCUACGGACAUGGGGAAGGGAGGAGGGAGGCCCCAGCUCCUCCCCAGCUGCCGGGGAGGGGCGUGAAGACGCGCGGGGGUGGGGGGAGAUAAGCCGGCGUCGCCCUGACAACGAGGCCGGUGGUCCGGCCUUGGGGACCCAGGAGGGAGGGAGGCGCCGUGGCCGCGCGCGCGGGCGGGGGCGGGGGGCCAGGUCUCCCAGGAGUAGUUGGGGAACACCCGGCGAUUCUGGCGGCUGCUUCCUGGUGGCGCAGGGAGCCCGCGUGUUUGCGAGUGCGUGUGUGUGCGAAGUUCUCCGGGUAAGUGUGCCAGCGCGCGCCCGGGUGUGUGCAAGGGUGUGAGCGUGCACAGGUGGGCACGGGCGUGUGCGCGCGGGGGUGCCCGGCUGGAUGUGUGCACACGAGUGUGUGCCGGCCCGCGUGCCCCUGCGUGAGUGUGCGCGCGCGAGCACACGUGUGUGUGCGCGCUCGCGUGCGCUCCUGAGCGGGUCCCGGGUGGGAGUCCGAGAUCCCGCCCCCUCCCCAGCCCCGGCGCCCCUCCCCGUCCCCCGCCGCCGCGCCGGCUGCAUCCUCGCCUCCACCUCGCUCACCCCCUCCUCCCCGCACUUUCUCGGCGCUCCCUCCCUCUCGGCUCGCACAGCUCGACUCCGCGCUCUCCUCGCCGGCCGCCGCCGCCCAGCCUGCGCCCGCCGUCCCCCCCAGUGCCUGGGCACCUGUUGGAGGCAGAGGCAGGGGUGCUGCAUGAGGGGCCGCAGGGGCGAUCGCAUGACCAUCAACAUCCAGGAGCACAUGGCCAUCAACGUGUGCCCCGGGCCCAUCCGGCCCAUCCGCCAGAUCUCUGACUACUUCCCCCGGGGACCAGGACCUGAAGGGGGCGGCGGGGGCGGCGGGGAGGCCCCCGCCCAUCUGGUCCCCCUGGCUCUGGCCCCCCCUGCAGCCCUCCUUGGGGCCACCACGCCUGAGGAUGGUGCGGAGGUGGACAGCUAUGACUCGGAUGAUGCCACCGCCCUGGGCACGCUGGAGUUUGACCUUCUCUACGACCGGGCCUCCUGCACUCUGCACUGUAGCAUCCUCAGGGCCAAGGGUCUCAAGCCCAUGGAUUUCAAUGGCCUCGCCGACCCCUACGUCAAGCUGCACUUGCUGCCUGGAGCCUGUAAGGCCAAUAAGCUAAAAACGAAGACUCAGAGGAACACACUGAAUCCCGUGUGGAAUGAGGACCUGACUUACAGUGGGAUCACAGAUGAUGACAUCACGCACAAGGUGCUCAGGAUCGCCGUCUGUGAUGAGGACAAGCUGAGUCACAAUGAGUUUAUUGGGGAGAUCCGCGUGCCCCUCCGCCGCCUCAAGCCUUCGCAGAAGAAGCAUUUUAACAUCUGCCUCGAGCGCCAGGUCCCGCUGGCGUCCCCCUCUUCCAUGUCAGCGGCGCUGAGGGGCAUCUCCUGUUAUCUGAAGGAGUUGGAGCAGGCAGAGCAGGGGCAGGGGCUGCUGGAGGAGCGUGGCCGCAUCCUGCUGAGUCUCAGCUACAGCUCGCGGCGCCGGGGACUGCUGGUAGGCAUCUUGCGCUGUGCCCAUCUGGCUGCCAUGGACGUCAACGGUUACUCGGACCCCUACGUCAAGACGUACCUGAGGCCCGAUGUGGACAAGAAAUCCAAGCAUAAGACAUGCGUGAAGAAGAAAACUCUCAACCCAGAAUUUAACGAGGAGUUUUUCUACGAGAUAGAGCUCUCCACUCUGGCCACCAAGACCCUGGAAGUCACCGUCUGGGACUAUGACAUUGGCAAAUCCAAUGACUUCAUUGGUGGCGUGUCCCUGGGGCCAGGUGCCCGAGGCGAGGCUCGGAAGCACUGGAGUGACUGCCUGCAGCAGCCGGACGCAGCCCUGGAGCGCUGGCACACCCUGACCAGUGAGCUGCCCCCUGCGGCCGGGGCUCUGUCCUCAGCCUGAGUGGACAGCAGUGUCCCGGCACAGGCCCAUCGAGCCGGGUCCAGUACCCAACCUUCGCACGAGUGUGUUGCACGUUUACACAGGGUGGGCUGCCCCCACCCUGCACUACCUGUCUUAUUUUUUGAGUCUCCGUGACCCGGGUCUGUCUGCUCAUGAGGGGCUGUGGAGUUCUAUAUUCACAUAUGCAAACCUCCUGCCUGACUCGCUAGUCCCUGCAAAUAUGCAAACCCCCCAUCAUCUGCACACCCGGGCAGUGCUCAGAGCCCGGCCCCAGGCCCCCGCGCUCCUCACUCCUGCCUCUCCACGCUGCCCCGUCCCUCUCCCCCGACAGGGAGGAGGUCGGAUUAGGGGAGGUUCAGAGGAGGAGAAUGUCUCAAAAAAAAAAAGGACAAAAAACAAACCCAGAGCCACUCCUUUAAUACAGAAACUUCAUUGAAAAAACCUAGCCCUGUACAGCUGCCCUUUUAAAAAGGUGGCCAUUGCAGGGUCUCUGCCUCCCCAGCAGGUGGCAGAUGCUCCCGGCCACUGGUUUAAAUAACUGUCCCCUGGAGGGGGCCGGGGUUUGAAGGCAGGGCCCCUGCCACCCUCCUGGGGGACACCCGUGCAUGUUUACGCCUUUUCUGGUUGUGUCAGUGGCCGGAGCAUGGCAGCUGGGCGUCAAUAAACACCUCCGAGGAAGCUGGA